GAUCAAUCCUAUGGCGUGCCGAUGUUAUCUGUGCAACCGAAAGGGAAGCAAAAGGGCUGUGCGGGCUGCAACCGUAAGAUCAAGGACAGAUACCUUCUGAAGGCCUUGGAUAAAUACUGGCAUGAGGAUUGUCUAAAGUGUGCCUGCUGUGACUGUCGCCUGGGAGAGGUUGGAUCAACACUUUACACAAAGGCAAAUCUCAUUCUCUGCCGCAGAGAUUACCUGAGGCUCUUUGGGACCACUGGGAAUUGCGCUGCCUGCAGUAAGCUGAUCCCGGCCUUUGAGAUGGUGAUGAGGGCCAGAGAUAAUGUUUACCAUUUGGACUGUUUUGCCUGCCAGCUUUGCAACCAGAGAUUUUGCGUGGGGGACAAGUUUUUCCUGAAGAACAACAUGAUCUUGUGUCAGAUGGACUAUGAGGAGGGGCAGCUGAACGGAAGCUUUGAGCCCCAAGUUCAAUAA